AUUGCUUCUCUUUCUUGUUUCUUCUCCGGCUCGCCGGAACCCUAGAAAGAGCUUUCGAUGGACGAAUUCGGGCGUCUCGAUCGCAGCAUCUGGCUGGCCUUCGCCGGAAUUACCAACAAGAUCCCCGCCGUGGGAUCCCAAGUCUACUACUUCCCAGAAGGGCACGCAGAGCAAUCAUUUCCUCCGAUGAAAACCGAUGAGAUCCCCGUUCGGAAAACCCACAUUCGAGCUCUCCUCUCCGACGUCUCUUUCCACGCCGACCGGGAAUCCGAUGAGGUUUUUGCACGGAUGAUGCUGGAUCCUCGUGUUCCAGUCUGUGGAUUGCUUGGUCGGGAGAGAAGUAAGAAGGAGGAGGAGGAGGAGCUGCAGGACUAUGGUGGAGUGGUGUCCCACUCGAAGGUUUUGACGCUUAGCGAUUCUAACAAUGGAGGGGGGUUCUCGGUGCCCAAGGAUUGCGCGACGUUCGUCUUUCCGCAGCUCGAUUUGAAGGAAGAGAUGCCUGUGCAGAGUGUCACUGUGCGCGAUUUGCAAGGAAAUGUGCUAAAAUUCAGGCACGUCUUUCGUGGAUCGCCGCGGCGGCAUCUGCUCACCACCAACUGGAGCAAAUUCGUGAACAGUAAGAAUAUCAUCGCCGGGGACAAGAUCAUCUUUGCGCGUGAUAGAUCAGGGGAACUUUAUGUAGGCUUUCGCCGCUCUGUUAAACCCAUGGCUGUAGCUCCUGAAGCUCUCGUUAGAACAAAUAGGGGGUUUUGGAGGUACGGCAGGGGGAGAGUGCCUAUUGCGUUAGUGAAGAAGGCCAUGAAUCUGGCGGAGAUGGGGUUGCCAUUCGAAGUGAUUUACUACCCGAGGGCUGGGUUGCAAAACUUUGUGGUGGAAGUGGAGGCGGUGGACAGGGCAUUGAUGGUAGACUGGGCUCCUGGGAUGAAGGUCAAGGCGGGAGUGGAGAUGGAGGACGGGAGUUUGGAUUGGUACAAAGGUACUGUGUUGGAACUCAACCAGAAGGACUCUGCUCUCUGGUCGCAGUCCCCAUGGCGCAAGAUUAAGAUCGAGUGGGAGGAACCAGAGAAAGCGAAACUGAAGCAUUUGGAAAAUGCAAGUCCAUGGCAAGUGGUGUUAGUCACAGACACUCCCCAGCAACCUCAUCACAACCCACCUAGACGGAUGUUAAGGAAUGCAAAUAACAGUGAGCUAUCCUACAGUAAUGAGGAUAUCUCAAGCUUUCAUGCAAGAGUAAGAAGCUUAAUCCCAUCACGUGAGAUUACCGGUGCAAUUCCUGCUGGCAUGCAGGGAGCCAGGCAUGAUCCCCAUAAUGCACACCACUCACCCAACUCUGCACCGAACAAUCCCUAUCCCAUGUGCAUUGAUGAUCUGGAUAAGACUAACACACAGCUGAAGUUAACUGCUUUUACUAACAACGUGGCACUUGUAAAUUCUCCGACACCAACUGGAGUCAUCAAUAAUCAAGGAAGGAACCAUUUUAUCUCUCCAGUUCCGGAAGCCUCCAGGCAAAGCAAUAAUAAAUUGAGAUUGUUUGGCCGUGACAUUGUGGUGAACAUCCCAGUAAAUUCCGAUGCCCAAACAGAGCAGAAAGAUGCUGGAGAUGAUUCCAGUCAAAAGUGAUGAAGAUGCAUCUGAUGAAUGUCACAAGUAGUCUUUCCAGGUGAUGAAGGAUUGGCCACUCUAGCAUGGUUCUCUUCUUUGCAGUUCAUGGGUGACUACUUGAUGACAUUCUGUGUUUUCAGCACUUGAAACUUGUGAUUCGAUUUCAUUCGUCCUUUGCUGUAUAUAUACUGAACAAUUUCCUGUUUUUUAAG